AGGAGAUGGACCUGUCACGACAAGCUUAUCUGUCUACUUCACAGGUCAAAGCAGAUAACUAUCGGGGAUGUAUCGAGGAGGCCCUAGGCGAGUAUUAUGAGCUUGUGUGCUCGCACCAAUUAGUUGGCAUGCUCCUCUGCGUCUAUGCGCACAAGUCCAUCACACCAACCAUCAGCGAUGUCGAAAAGUCUGCUGUCCCAACGGGCUUUGCCAACUUAUUAGGCAACAAAGGCGCCGUUGGAAUUCGUCUCAAGGUCUUCAACACAUGUUUCGCAUUCAUCAAUUGCCAUCUUGCCGCUGGUCAGGCUUCGCCAGAGAAGCGAAAUGAUGACUUGAUUGACAUUGGUAAGAGAAUAUUCAAUGAGAGCGGAAUCUGGGAAAAUUCCCUUGACCGGGUCGACACUCUUUUCUACAUGGGUGAUCUCAACUACCGUGUCGAGCUCAGUCACGAAGAAGCACACAUCUCACUGGGUCAAAAGAAUAUGAAGGAGCUUUUAGCUUACGAUCAGCUUCGUCACGAGCGGCGGCGAGAGCAUGCUCUGAGCGACUUUGAGGAGGCAGAUAUAACGUUUAUGCCGACCUACAAGUUCGAUAUCGGCACAGACAACUAUGACUCGUCAGAGAAGCAGCGUGUGCCGUCAUGGACAGAUCGCGUUCUUGUUCGUUCAAAAUUGCCCAUGCAAAUCUUGCCUGAGCACUACAAGUCUUGGCCACAGUACAUGCAAUCAGAUCACAAGCCCGUUUCUGCUGUUAUCAAGGCUACCUUCGAGACAGUUUUGACCGAUAAAUUAGACGUGGUGCGACAGGAGAUUCUGCGUGAGCUUGACAGGCAUGAGAAUGAGGCCAUCCCCGCGCUGUCUGUUCUGAGUGACGAGGUUGACUUUGGGUGCGUCAGAUACAGACAGCCAGUCACACGAACUGUGCGAGUCCGCAACGACGGUCGUGUCGACAGUAGGUUCAGGUACGUCCGACGCGAUGCUGCAGAUGACUGCCCUUGCAAGCGAUGGUGUUGGUCACUACCCAACGGGGAUCUUCUUUCACCAGGCGAGGAGAUGACGCUCCAAUUGACUGUGUGCCCUGAUGCAAUCGAUGCACAAGCGCUCAACAGUGGAACGGAUACUUUGUCAGAUAUUCUCGUGAUUGCAGUCGAGGGCGGCAGGGAUGCCUAUCUAUCUAUCAAAGGACAAUGGCAGCGUAGUAGCUGCGGACAAACACUCGUGGCAUUGUCUCGUCGGACCAUCUUCAAGGAUGGUGAAGAUGAAGAAGAGUCUUCCAUUCCAAGGGAAAUCUACAUGCUAUGCGAUCUCAUCACUGAAUUGUGCGGAUCUGAAAAUGUCGAUGUCGCUACGCUGUUUGAAUACGAGCCCGCAGCCGAAGAAGUCGAUGAGCUUCAGAACAAGCUUGAGCAGAGUGCUCCUUCCAAUACGGCCUUGGCAAGCAAGUGCCAUCCAGCAAUAGCACUGGCCUUGCUACUCGAAAUUCUCGAUACACUGGCUGAACCACUUGUUCCUUGCGAUAUGUACAAAGACGCUCUGGCUAGCAGCGCAAACCCGCAGCAGGCCCUCGAUUUCCUCGAUACAUUGCCAAGUCUGCAAGCUAAUGUGCUGAUUUACUUGAUUGCCUUCUUGAGAUCAUUGCUUGAAUUGCGACAAGGCAAGCCUGCGCCUGCGCCUGCCAAGACUGCAACAUUGGAAAAGGGCAAAGUACAUCGGGCCAGCGCCGGUGAGCUUGCUGGAGCAAUUAUGGGCCCAUCAGCAAUCAUGGCUCGAGAUUUAUUCGUAGACCGGCUAUUUGGUGUAUUCGGCCGGGUCCUGCUGCAACCAGAGAAUUUGGCAGCAAGAUGCGAAGAUGCUGAUGAAGCAUUAGAAGGAAGACGGGAUGAGGCGACAAGGAAGCGGAACUUGUUACGCCAUUGGGUACUAGCUACGUUGAACCAAGCUUAGACAAAUG